UUAGUUGUUUACUGUUACCUGUUUGGGCAUGCUAAAUAUUAGCAAGGUUAGGAAUACUGGGAAAUGAUGAGAUUUACAUUGAAGUGUUUUGUUUAUGUUCUUGGUGGAUUUUUCAUUGGUGUGCUUGCCUGUAACAUUCUUAUGCAAGGCUUCGGAUUACGAUGCAACACUCGAAGUUUCUUUGUACACCCAGUGGUUCAGUCGGGAACAAUUGAUGAAGAAGUUCGGCAUGGAAACACUAUUCCACCAAAGUCCAACAUUUAUUUGGGAAUGAUGUCGGCAUCCAAGUUUUUGACCACUCGAGUGCAAAGAAAUAUUGAUACAUGGUUGCAAAAAGGUGGAUGGAAAGUGGAGGUUUUCGCAGAUGCUGAUCCAUCAUUAUUGAGAGUUCCACCUGGACUAGACAUCAAUGUUGUAACGCUGCCAACUGUUGAUGACACGGCAUAUCCUCCUCAGAAAAAAAGCUUCAUGCUACUUCGGCACAUGUAUGAUUAUCAUAUCAAUGAUUUUGACUGGUUUAUAAGAUCUGAUGAUGACAGUUACACAGAUUUUCCUAGGAUGCAAAACCUUCUCAAUAAGAUAAAUAGUAGUUUACCAAUAUUUUUUGGCAAUCCCGGAUUCGGUAUGGAUGAAGACGAUGGAAUAGAGGAAGGAAUGAAAUACCUUAUGGGUGGAUUGGGAAUGAUCUUCAGUCGGGGAUUGUUGAUUCAACUUCGACCUCAUUUGAAGCAUUGCAUUCAACAUCUUUAUUCACCUCAUGAAGACAUUGAGAUUGGUCGAUGUGUAUGGAAACAUACCAAAGCAAUAACACCGGUGGCUUGGGAAACUGUUGAUCUUUUCUACCAACAGUAUGACAAGGAGACUGGAGAUGUUAUAAACGUUAUUAUGGAUCAGUUGACUCCGAAAAGGACUGCUAAAACAAUCACUUAUCAUUCAGUAAAAACUGAAGAAUUGGUGAAUAAAUUACAUCAUCAAAUACUUCGAAGAAAUUUACACCAGAUUUUAAACAGAACAGCGAGAAUACGAAAUGAAAUUGCUCAUAUGAGACAGAUGUUGGAGUUGCAUGAGGAUUCACCCACAAAAGAGAAAAGCAUGGAUUCUACGGUGCCAAUAUUAUUAGGGACUGAGGAUAAAUUUCCAUGGAAGAAUGAUGGAAACCCAUGGCCUGAAGGUGCUUAUUGGUACCCAACUGGUGCUUCAUACAACAGAAUAUCAUUCAAGAAACCCUGGUUUCAUUGGGACCGGUACUAUAGACAUGAUGUCAGUGACCCAAUUGUCCCUGCUAGAGGUCAUUCUAAAGUUGAGAAAGAAGCUAUUGCAUCAUUGUUGUCAGAUAUUGAAGGAGGAUUGCUCAAACAAUCUUGCCCACAAUUUCCUCCGAAUGUUCAACUGAAUUAUGCAUACAUGCAAUAUGGAUCUUUGGAAGGAGUAAAAAUCAUUACUGUUCAUCGAUCUUCAGCAGGCUCAACAAUAAAAUUCUGUCGAACUGCAUCACAAUGGUCUUAUGGAGUUACACUUUUUGGUGAAGGAGAUUUGCCUUUGGGCAAUACCAAACUUUUGAAAACUGCACUAAAAUCCUCAGUCGGAUUACUAGGGCGUGCAGUUGGUGAUCUUCUCGGUGUCCGAGAAGAAAAUGAAGACGUUCCUGGUGGUGGUAGGAACAAGUUCCCCAAGGCCCUAAGAGAACUACCAGCUCUCAUACCUCCAGAUACAAUUCCAUCUGCAAACCAUCGCAUCAUAUUUGUGAUUCCACUUCAAGGCAGAUAUCGUGCUCUUGAACAGUUUAUGGAGAGCUAUGAAAAAGACUUCUUGAAGCCUGCACAGGACUCUGCUAAUGCAAAUGUGGUUGAUACUCGUAAUGUGCAGCUUGCCAUUGUACUUCUUGGUAAUGAUGAACAGGGUGAUGACCUUGGAUUGAAUAGAGCUUCAGCCCAUUUGCUUAGAAGUUAUCAGAACACUUAUGGAUCAAGUUUACUUCGCUAUCAUGUUGCAUCAACUGGAGAUAGAUCUUUUUCAAGAGGAGCAGGUAUAGAGCUUGGUUCUUUGGUUGGGGAAGAGAACGAUAUUUUGUUUUUCAUGGAUAUUGAUAUGGUUGUAACUCCAAACCUCGUAACACAAUGUCGUCAGAAUAUAAGACAAGGCCGAAAUGCAUGGUAUCCUGUUCCAUAUAGUCAAUAUGAUCCUGACAAACUUUGUUUUCAUGAUGAACUACCUAGACAUAUUGAAGAAAGACAUGAUUUGGUUUAUGAUGUUGGCGCGGGUCCAGUUCCGAAGGAAAGUUCUUCUAGGGAAAGACAACUGAUGCGUGAAUCUAUUAAACGUACCCCACUGACCUUGAACAGAGAUCGUGGCUUCUGGAGAGACUUUGGUUUUGGAAUAGCAUGCAUGUACAAAUCAGACUUUAUAGCAACAGGAGGCUUCGAUUUGACCAUAGAAGGGUGGGGUGAAGAGGACGUUAGACUUUACGUUUCAUUGAUUCAGUCCGGUAUUGAUGUGUUUCGAGUGAGACAAAAAGAUUUGGUUCAUAUCUUCCACCAUAAAUAUUGUGAUGCUGAUAUUUCCGGUGAACAAGCUAAGGCUUGUCGAAGAACCAAAGCUAGUCACUUUGCGAGUCAAAAGUGUUUAGCAAACAUGUGGUUUAAAACGUAUAUCGCAAGAUAAUAUUGUUGUCCUAUACCUCUGAUUAUUCAAUCACCAAGAUAACAUUUUGCUCACUUAUCAUCUGGUUGCAUGUGUCUGGUGGGUUGCAAUUGGAAAUGGAUUUUCACUGAAUAUUAAUUAAACUUUUGUGCGAAUAUCUGGGGUUGUUGUGGCCGUUGAUUUUUUGUACAUCAGAGUUGGAUUUUGGUCGGAUUCACCAUGGUGUUAAUUUGUGUGAAUUUGUGUAGUUCUCAGUUUUCUUCAAAUCACAGUAAACAAAAUUCAUGCAUUAGGUACAUACCGUCUUUGUGAAGCAUAAACCUGAUCACUGUUUCCCCCCAUAUUUAUUUAUACCACUGUAUUUAUCUUAUCAUGUUUUUCAGUUAUAUAUGACUAAUUUGUUUUUGAAGCUCAAUUUAUGUAAUUUGCACCUUAAUAACCCAGGUACUAUGUUACCUCAUAGUUUGAAUAUGGAUUGCUGGAGAAGUAUUAGGGAAGAUUUCCUAGAUAUUUCAUUCCUGAAUCAAUAUUAGGAUAGAAAUCAUGUUAGUACAAUAUCCUUGACAUAACAUUUUCGUUCUGUGUUGCCAUGUUUUUGUCUUGCUGCAACAUUGUCCAUAAUACCAGUCUCAAUUGUUUCAUUAAUAUUUGUUUUAAAGGUAUUUUGUAUUACUGACAAACUAGAUACCAUUGACCAUGUUUCGUAGAAGUUAGGAAUUCGUAAUCUCUAAUAUUGCUGCAAGUUUUGGGAAAACAAACUAUGCAACUCGCUGAAGUAAUGCUCAUUUUGAAGAUUCUAUUCCAGCUUACGACUACCGGCAAUCAACUAUUAAAUUAUUCUUCUGUGUUCCACUCAUUUAUUUAACCUAAUCGUUGUUUUUUGAUUUGUUCCCUAUAAAUAAAAUGAAAUCUUCACAAUUA